AGGAUAGAUUUAGUUAUCUAAGAUGCUCAUCAAUUAUUGGCACAUAUGAGAAUAUCUUAAGAACAAAUUAUUAAAGCAGUGUGAAGUGUUAUAGUUAAGCAAAGUAUCGUUUUUACAGCUCAUGAUCACCAAGUUUUUUGAGGCACAAUCGGAGAAGAAUAAGUUGAAACAGUCACACCUCAUCAAAUAAAUUUAUAAAACACAACAAGUUGUUGUUAAUAAACAAUUAAUUCUCUGAUUUUGCAAAACCCAUAAUACACAUAUAAUAAUUCUUCAUUAUUAUUAUUUUUUUCUUGUGGGUGAGAAUAAUAAGUGUUUUGAUUUGAUUUAGCUGUAAAUUGUGUUCAGUUAAAAGGGUGAUUCGAAGAUGUUUGGGGCUUGUGUAAAGAGAUUCGAAGAAGCCAAAAGAAAAUCUCAGGUUGUUCCAGACGAUGAUGAGUGGAAUUAUGCACCAAUGAGAAGGAUUGUAGAGGGAACACAAAUUGCAACACAUGGAAGAUAUGAUAAGGCUUAUAGAGCAGCUUUUGAGAGCCUAAAAGUAAAAGGAGAGAAGCUCUUACACUCAUAUGCAUGUUACUUAUUUUCUUAUGAACCAAUCAUGGGAACACUCUAUAUUUCCAAUAAAAGAUUUGCCUUCUGCACUGACUACUUCCCUACCCAUUACUCAUCAUCAUCUUCUCCCAAUUCACUCUUCGCAUGUUACGAAGUUGUGAUACGGAAUGAGAAGCUAAGAACAGUGAAUCCUUGCACAGACGAAUGGAACCAUUCAGAAAAAUGUAUACAUAUAGUGAGUAGGAAUGGCCAUGAAUUUUGGUUCAUGGGUUUUACAUCAUAUGAUAAGGCUCUCAAGAAUCUAAUUGAAGCUACCUAUACCCAUUCAGUCUCCUCCUAAUAUAUUAUUUCAUAUAUAUAUAAUAGAGUAAUGAUAGGUGCACCCAAAAUAUUCACCUAAUAUUAUAUGUAUCACUGUUUUUUAAAACAGUGGACCCUAAUUUUAAUAAAUAUGAUUGUCUAGGCUAAACUGCCACAUCACUGUGUGUAAUGUUUGAGUGCAUAUUUUGAGUGCAUAUAUCAUUACUCAUAUAUAAUAUCAUGAUACAGAUGUAGUCUCACUCCGAGACCGAUCAUGUUCCAUUAUGAAGUAAUACACUCAGUAUUAUCAAUGCAAUGCUAUUUAGGAGGUGUUUGGUAUGGAGUAAAGUAAAUGUAGGAAUGAGAAUAUAAAACUUUUCAUA